ACACAUUAUGGCUUUCCGUGCACCACCUACUGGCCUUGCUCAACAUGUCUCCAACAUGUUAAAGGGCAACUUGAUGAAAAAGACACCUGUUUGGCUCCCUGUGCUUCAAGCCAUUCCUCCUGGACCCAGUAUCAUUCGUUCACAAAACCCUCAAGUGAAUGUAUCCGGUCAGACUGAGAUCGAACAACAAUUGUUCACAAAGACCCAACACAAGACUCGUCUUCGCCACUCUCAAAAGCACUUGCGUACACCUCCUCCUCGACCCCGUGCUAUUGUGUAUCCUGAAGAUCGAUUGAGAAGAGUGUUUUAUAGAGAUCAUCCUUUUGAAUUGUCAAGACCUAAAGUAUUGGUGGAAAAUGAAUUGGGCAUCCAUCGUACUGAUUUCAGUAAACUCAUGUUGGAUGGUAUGCAUCCUUCUCAGAUUGACGGUGAAGCGUAAGUCAUGUUGAUGCCAUAGCUUAGACUUACCAUUCUGUCUAGUGUGAUUAAAUAUCAACUUCACUUGAUGACACAUGAACAUAUGCCUGAAAGAAAAGCAUACGCUAAAGCAACAUCUGAAUUCUAUGAGAUUAGAGCACAGCAAGAAGAACAAGAAAGAGCAGCAAGAGAAAAAAUGAACAACCUGUUGCAAAAGAUGGACAUGACAAGACCACACACAAAACGAGGAUUAGAGUUAGAAGAGAGAGCAUUGAGACAAGGACAAUUGAACCAAUUUUAAUAAAAAAAAAACA